AUGCUCGAGCUACAGCUCCCCCGUUCGAUGCCUCACGCCCUCCCCCGGGAGCCUCCCUUGGACUUCCACUUCUCGUCCUCCGCUCGCCCCACCUCCACCAAGUUCGACACCUCCACCAAGUUCGACUCGAGCACCGUCCAGAUGCAGCUUCCCGUACCUCGCAUAUCAAACGGCUACGACCUGCCAGCUCCCAGACGGUCCCUGACCCCUCCCAACCUGCCUGGCUCAGCAGUCAAGGUCGUAUCUUUACCACACACUCAAGGUGCCGGUCAUCAGUAUGGCUACCAACUACCUGCCAUCGGCAACUCCAGGUCAGCCACAACAACAGCAGCAGCAGCAGCAGCAGCAGCAACAACAACAAGACCAACAACAUCAACAUCAACCACCACAUCAAACACAACAAGCCCAACUGCACAAAGGCAAUCCCAGCAACAACCUCAAGAAGUAGCACAGACGCCGCGCAAGAAGUGGUCAAUAUCACCCAACUUGCGGAUCCCCUCGACCAUCAGCACACCGCAGGAGGGACUUCCCCAAUUAGCAGCCGAGAUCACUUGCCUGUUCUGGUUCGAAAGCUCAAAGACCCUGAACCAGGUGACAGACUCGACCUCGCCUCGCCAGCAAAUACAGCGCCUCGUUCCAGACGCAAUACCGACUAUCGGGUUCCGCAAGUGGGUAGCCACAAUCUUGACGACGACCCAAGUCGCUCAAAAUGUCAUCUUGCUGGCUUUGCUGUUCGUUUGGAAGUUGAAGCAGACCAACCCGAGCGUCAAGGGAAAGCCAGGUAGCGAGUACCGUCUGCUUACCGUGGCCCUCAUGCUCGGCAACAAGUUCCUCGAUGACAAUACCUAUACCAACAAAACCUGGGCCGAGGUUUCUGGCAUCUCAGUGCAAGAAGUCCACAUCAUGGAGGUCGAAUUCCUCAGCAACAUGCGCUACAGCUUGUACACAUCGAAAGAGAAGUGGGAAGAGUGGCACAAGCUUCUUGGCAAGUUCGGUACCUUUUACGAUCGAGCUUCCAAGGCCCCUGCGGCCGGCACCAUCAGCCCGCCCACGCCCUCGCUCGCCGUUCCACACAACUUCAUUCCAUCUCCAACAAAUCUCCAGACCUCCCCGCCAACCACAGUCUACUCACCCAAUCACUUGGCCUUCUCCAACACACCACUUCUCCAGCCUCAGGCAUCUUCGGCACAGCUUUCACCCGUUGGUGCUCUCCCUCCUCUGGGCCCGAUUGUGCAACGCAAGCGAAGCACCGACCACACUGCUGAACCACCAAUGAAGAGACAGGCUCAUGGAUUCGCACCGGGGCCUUACACCAACGCUCCCCUUGUGCCGACGCUACAAACUCCCGUCAACAGGUCCUUUGAGCCACCGCCAUCUGCGAACAGGCUGCCGCCUCUGCCAAGUCUCGCCAUUCCACCUCCACAGCACAUGCCUCCUGCACAGGCUAAGAAUUGGUCAGAGCUUCCCCUGCCAGUUCCUGGCAACCGUUCCAUGGCUAUGGUCUACCCACCACCCGUCCAGUGGCAGCAACCGGCUAGCACACCAACAUCCUCGGCUGCGCCUCCCUUCUCUACGCACCACACUCCCACCGCCGAUCAAUCCCGCCAGAUUAGCCCAUACCCGCACUCGAACAACUCAUCUCCCACGAGCGCCUCGUUCCCCACUGCAUCUCGGCAGUUGUCGCCAUCUUACUUCCUAAACCAGAGACAAUCGCCCUAUCGUCCAGUUCGUGGAGUACACACGCUUUUGGUGCCUCCACCCCAGACUUCCAUCCAGAACCCAGCUCGAAACAUCUCGUACGACCAAAUGCACUACCACCCCCUCGGCCGUCCCAUGACUGACCGUCGUGCCGGCCCUUUGCCGUACACGGACCACAGUGCAUGGCCUGAGACGCACCAGUUUAAUCAACUGCCCGUUCCUCAGCAACCACUCUUCCGCUGA